AUGGAGAAUGUAGUCGACAUGCUCAAAUUUGUUGAAGGCUAUCUUGGACGUUACGCUGUCGGACGGCUUGUAAAAAUGAAUAACCAGAGAAGAAUGGGAAUGAUGGUUGCGGGUUCAUAUGGCCUUGCCCAGUUCCGCAUGCGGCUUUUCUUGUGGGGUGCACAGUCUAGCAAGAGUCUUCCCCAGUUCCCACUUCCAACUCAUGAUGUUGACAUUAGAGAAGGUAUGCCUGUGAAGUUUCAUGGAAACAUAGUGGCCUAUGAUCAAAACAACGAUGUGGAAUUAGAAGGUAAGAUCGUGCUUGAGGAUGUGAUUACCGACCUUCCAGUUGUCACAAACCAUGAGACGAGAGACGAGAUGCCAUAUGGUAAGGAUCAUGAAUCAUCAUUCCAACGAUUUAUCAGAUUGAAGAAAGAUGAAAUGAUAAGUUCUUCAUCAACAAAGGAUGUAUUGUUUGACCAUCAUCCUUUGAAUCUUAAUGAUGAUGAUUCCGAACGUGUUUCUAUGAUCCCAAGAAGAAGGGAGCGAACUUUAGAGACUUACCUGGUAUAA